UAACUAAGGUCUCCUCUCUGACAGAUCUGAACCUCCUCAUCAUGAUGGACAACACCAGAACUGCAGACCAGAUUAAGACCUUCCUUCAGUGCUGGAAAGGGUUUGAUUCAGAGCAGACGGCCAGCUUCUACGACGUCUGGGCCAAGACCUACGAACAGGACUCAGAGAAGAUCGGAUACCAGGCACCAAACCUGGUGGUGGAUUUCCUGCAUGCAAACUUCCCUGAGAAUCGUGGAGAUGUUCAGGUUCUGGACGUCGCCUGUGGAUCUGGAUUGGUCGCCAAACUGAUGACUGAUCUGGGCUUCAGACACUUUGUGGGAGUGGACGGCAGUAAGAACAUGCUGGAGCUGGCUACUAAGACCGGCCUCUAUGAGGACCUCAGACUGGCCCUACUGGGAACACAACCGCUGCCUGCAGAGACCGGUACGUACGACGUGGUGGUAAUAGUCGGUGCUCUUCGUCAUGAGCAUGUUCCUGUCAGCAUCAUCAGGGAGCUCUACCAAGCCACCAAACCGGGUGGAUACGUCUGCAUGUCCAGAGUGGACCCUGACUCAGAGCUGGGAGACGAAUACAAAGAGAGCAUGGAGCGUGAGCUGCAGCUGAUGGAGGAGGAGGGACUUUGGACCCGUGUGGCCUCUGAAGAGAUGAAGAAUUACAUGAUGGAUGUUUCCAGUAAACAGGAAGAGAAGUACCUGGUUGGGACCAUGUACCUUUACAGGAAGUCCCUAAAGUAGACCAUCCCCAGGCUGUGAUCAGAGCAGAGAGACACAGACAUCAUCAUAUUUCAGUACGGGUCCUGAUCCUAUCAGGGGACCAGGAUUAUUCUCAGGGUUUACAGACGAGGACAGGUUGGGGUGGCUGUUUUAGUCUUUCUAUGUUGGUACUCAGGUCUCUGAAGGACUGGUCCAUCAGGGAUCUGGGUCCACUCUGUCUCUGACAGCUCCUGGUUUCUAUCCCAGCCUGCUCAGUGUUUAUGUCGUCCUGAAGACAAAUCAUCAACAAUAGGUCAACUUUUGAAGCGCCUGUAAAAGUCACUUCUCCAUGACUGACCAAUCAGCAUCAAGAGGGGGCGGGGCUUCGACUUUGUCAACAGUGAAGACAGUAACCCUGGUGUUUCUGUGAGGGGACAGUUUAUAGAUGGAGUAGAUCUGCCAGCGUAAGGACACGCCUCCUUCCUGUUGUCUGUCUGUGUAAUUAUUAUUUUAAAUGAAUUAAAUGUUCAAAUGUUGAA